GGUGCAGCAGCAGAGAGGACGAGAGAAGAGAGGCGUGGUGCAGUACACGCUACGCACGCGCCUCGGCUCGCAGCGCUGGCAGCAGCGGAGCACGAUAAAAUUCUCGUCGCCUUCGCGUCCUUGUCCUCCGCUCAUAGUUUCCUCCGUCCUACUCGUCGCUUCGCCUAGAGUCGGUGCCCGGAGGUGACUCGCCCUUGCGCUCGUGACGGUAUGGCCAUGGACGACGCCGCCGCCGCUUCCUCCUCCUCCGUGUACGCUGCCGCCGCUGCCUCCGACCCCACGCACGGGUGGCAGACGGUGUCCUACCCCAAGCGCCACCGCAAGCAGCCGCCCCCAGCCGCUGCGCCCGAUCUGGCGCUGCAGGCCGGCGGCGGCUCCAAGGCCAACGUCUUCGACGACGUCGAGAAGCGCUCCCAGGAGCGCCACCGCGCGCUGCAGCAGCAGGCGGCCUCCAAGGCGGCCGACCUCGACGACGCGCGGAUCUUCGCGGCCGCGGGCUACUCCGACGACGAUGACUCCGACGAGGCCGCGGCCCCGCGCCAGGAGGGGGAGGCGAAGAAGCCCAAGAAGCCUAAGGUGAAGAAGCCCAAGGUGACGGUCGCCGAGGCGGCCGCCCUGAUCGAUGCCGAGAACCUCGCCGCGCAUCUCGUUGAGAUCUUGGGAUCGUACGAGAACCAGCCGGACAUUCAGCUCAUGAGGUUUGCUGACUACUUUGGCCGGGCAUUUGUAACUGUGAGCUCAUCGCAGUUCCCGUGGGCGAAGAUGUUCAAGGAAUCGCCGGUGUCCAAGAUGGUUGAGAUUCCGUUGUGCCAUGUUCCUGAGCCAGUUAUCAAGACGGCGAGUGAUUGGAUCAGUCAGAGAUCUCCUGAUGCCCUGGGAGAUUUUGUUCUGUGGUGUAUAGAUAACAUCAUGUCUGAAUUGUCAGGUCAAGCAGCAGGAGCUAAGGGGUCAAAGAAGGUUGUUCAGCAGUCUCCAAGGGCUCAGGUUGCAAUCUUCGUUGUCCUUGCCAUGACUUUAAGAAGGAAGCCUGAGGUACUAAUAAGCCUCCUGCCAAAGAUAAUGGGAAACAAUAAAUAUCUUGGACAGGAAAAACUUCCCAUCAUUGUCUGGGUUAUUGCUCAGGCGUCUCAAGGUGACCUAGUGACUGGCAUGUUUUGCUGGGCUCAUUUCCUAUUUCCGUCACUAUGUGCAAAGUCAAGUGGGAAUCCCCAGGCCAGAGAUUUGGUUUUGCAGUUGCUCGAGAGAAUUUUCUCAGUCCCCAAAGCUCGAGCUGUCUUGUUGAAUGGUGCUGUUAGAAAGGGGGAGCGCCUGGUUCCCCCUGGUACAUUUGACCUGUUCAUGAGAGCUGCAUUUCCUGUUUCUAAUGCUCGUGUCAAGGCUACAGAAAGGUUUGAAGCAGCCUACCCAAUGAUCAAGGAGUUGGCUCUUGCUGGUCCUUCUGGCUCUAAAACUGUGAAACAAGCAUCACAACAGCUUUUACCUUUGUGCGUGAAGGCAAUGCAAGAAAACAAUGCAGAGCUCACCAGGGAGUCUGUUAAUGUAUUCAUUUGGUGCUUGACUCAAAAUACGGAGUCCUACAAGCAGUGGGAAAAACUUCAUCCAGAAAAUAUUGAAGCCAGUGUUGCUGUCCUGAGCAAAAUCGCUAUUGAUUGGAAGGAGGUGUCUCCUAAGCUCAAUUCUGAAGCCCUUAAGACAACUGUGAAGAACUUAAAGGUUAAGAAUGAGACAGCUCAAGAGUCAGCAACGGAUGCUGGAAAGCAGGCAUCUAUCAAAGAAGCAGACAAGUACUGCAAGGUGAUCCUCGGAAGGCUGACGCACGGUGCCACCUGCUUGAAGAGCAGCCUGGUGGUUAUCGUGCUUGCUGUUGCUGCUGGCUUUGUGUUAUCUCCUGACAUGGACUUACCGGCUGAGUGGGAGAAGCUCCAAGCGAUGGUCUUGGCGCACCUGUCGUUCUAAACAUACCGUCCAGAUGUUGAUCAAAGUUAUACAAACCAUCCAAAGGAGAUGGCGUUCUAAACAUUCCAUCUCCUGACAUGGACUUAUCCAGCAGUGAAGAAAAGCGCAGGGAGACAAAAUAAGAGGGGAUAGAUCCUAGAACGAAAAGAGUAUAGUUUCGCGAGUUAGUUUUUCACAAGCGACUUUGCAGAGCAUUAAGUUAAUUGGUAGACUGAUGGAUAAGAAGACGGUUGGGUCAAAUGGCUCAACCAGAGGACUAACACUUUUGCUUUCUCGUUCUGCGUCUGAGAUGAUGGGAAACAGUUUUGCUUUUAAAUCUGGAAUCUUGAAUCGUAUUCCGUGUGUGCUGGUCGAAUAUAUGUAUUUGUUGGUGUUGAUACCUUGUUAAA